GAGAGCUAAUUUUUCUAAAAAAAAAACACAAAGAAAAGAGAAAAAAUGGGUGAUUGUGUGAGGAGCUGUAAACGAAGUGCAGAAACAGCAGAGGUGGAAGCUUCAACCACAAGCUUCUCAUUGUCAAAGAGAAGAAAAAUAGUUGGUUCUCGAGAAUUGCAGGAGUUGGCGUUAACAUCACCUGCCAUUGAGCUUGAAAUCCCUCGCUCCGUUUCAAAUUCGCAGGACAAGCCUGCUAUCGUUGCCAGUUCCUCGAAUUCCGGUGGUGUGCUCGCCGGCGACAUGUGUUCAAGCCGCUGCUUCAGCGAGUCCUCGGCUUCUCGUUGCUCUAGCAAUGAGUCCAGUGAUAUUGUCAAGGAUAGCUUGAGAUUCGUAGAUCUAGAGGCCAAGAGUUUUGAAACUGAAAUCUCAACGUGCAUCAGCAUCAACAAAUUAAGUAGAGAAACAACUCCAAUAAGUGAGCUCUGUGGAGACUCAAAGGAAAUGGAAUCGCCAGAGAAAAAGACGCCACCAUCACCGGGGAAGCCACCGUCACAAGCGGAGAUAGACGAGUUCUUCUCAGUCGCUGAAAAGUACGAGCAAAAACGAUUUGCAGAAAAGUACAAUUAUGAUAUUGUCAAGGAUGUGCCUCUCGACGGUCGAUACCAGUGGAUUCGGUUAAAGCUCUGAAGACAGUAGAGAGAGGUUAGAGUUACACGAGGUAGCACGUAGAUGGCAUUUGACCUUAGGGGAAUAUCUGGUUGUUUGUUAAUUAUUCCCUUAUUUGUAUAGUUUUUUUUUUUUUUUUUGCCAUUCUCUAAU